GCUGAAGAUGGGCAGACAUACUGUUCCUCAAACCAUGAUCAGUUAAGAAACUCUUAUAUUGAUAGACGAGCUCAUAAAAAUGGCGAGAGACUUCACUACAACAAGUCUGAGCAACAUUGACCUGGCCUCGUUACGGGAUCCUGCAGGGAUAUUUGAGCUCAUCGAGGUGGUCGGGAAUGGGACGUAUGGACAGGUUUACAAGGGUCGACAUGUGAAAACAGGACAGCUGGCAGCCAUCAAGGUCAUGGACGUGACAGAGGACGAGGAAGAUGAAAUCAAACUGGAGAUUAACAUGUUGAAAACUCAUUCCCAUCACAGGAACAUAGCCACGUAUUAUGGUGCUUUUGUUAAGAAAAGUCCUGCCGGUCAGGAUGACCAGCUUUGGCUGGUGAUGGAGUACUGUGGCGCAGGCUCGGUCACAGACCUGCUGAAGAAGACCAAAGGAAACUGCCUUAAAGAGGACUGGAUCGCUUAUAUUUGUAGAGAGGUUCUGAGAGGUCUGUUACACUUGCACUCGCAUCAUGUCAUUCAUCGAGACAUUAAAGGACAAAACGUGCUGCUCACGGAGAACGCUGAGAUUAAACUCGUGGAUUUUGGUGUCAGUGCUCAGUUAGACAGGACGAUUGGCAGAAGGAACACAUUCAUCGGGACUCCAUAUUGGAUGGCGCCAGAGGUGAUCGCGUGUGAUGAGAAUCCUGACUCGACGUAUGACUAUAGGAGUGACGUGUGGUCUCUGGGUAUCACAGCGUUGGAGAUGGCAGAGGGGGCGCCACCCUUGUGUGAUAUGCAUCCAAUGAGAGCGCUGUUUCUCAUUCCACGGAACCCUCCUCCCAAACUAAAGUCUAAGAAAUGGUCUAAAAAGUUUCUGACAUUUGUGGACAGUUGUCUGGUGAAGAACUACCUCCACAGACCGUCCACAGAGACCCUCUUACGCCAUUCCUUCAUUAAAGACCUUCCCAAUGAACGACAAGUACGCAUCACGCUCAAAGAUCAUCUGGACAGAACCAGGAAGAGGAGACGAGAGAAAGAGGGAACAGAAUAUGAAUACAGUGGAAGUGAAGAUGAAGAAGAUGCCAUAAAUGAAGAUGAAGGUGAACCCAGCUCUAUAGUGAAUCUUCCUGGAGAGUCCAUGUUAAGACGAGAGUUCCUGCGUCUGCAGCAGGAGACAAACUCUCAAACACAACUACUCCAGCAAGUACACAAUCAAGACAACUACAAGAGACAACUGCUCGCGGACCGACAGAAGAGGAUCCAACAACAGCAGGAGGAAAGACGACGCCUCGAAAAUCACCAAGAAAGGCUGUUACACGAGACCGGACUCCAGUGGCCAGAGCUUCAGGAGAUGUUAUGGCAAGAAGAGAGUGAUGUCACCGAGAAAAGCAAAAGAAAUCACAAGAAACAGCUCAAAGACAGUGAACAUCACAGGACUGAUGUUGAAUCGUUGUCUUUAAGUCUCUUUGCUGAGCAGGCUCAGGGCAGAAAAGCCCUCCGCACACUUCCCAGAGAUCAGUCACAGCUGCUAAUGCUCCAGCACGACCACGGACACCAGCAGAAGAGCUCUAGAGACACCUCACCACAUGAUGGGCUGGCAGGUAAACUGGAAUCCCUCGACACCCAUCUUGUCAAUCUGAAUAAUUUAGCUGUCAGGUUUCCUCAUGUUCAGUCACGUCUGGGAUCAGGAAGCAACUCCAGUCCUUGUACUCCAGCGCUCCAGAGAGCCGCCAAACAGCCGAACAUGAACGUGUGCUCCGGUCGAGAGAUUCAUCACAGCAGCUCGAUGUCUGAUGUCACCACUCCUCUCUCGCCAACACAAGAUGAGGUCUUCUUCAUCCCUGAUGAUCUGCCGCCAAAGAUUCCAGAGCGAACAACGUCAAAGUUCAAAGAUGUCACAGGCCAUCAUAGAUAUGGAUCCAGUGGAGAUCGUCAGUCUUCACUGGACAACAGUGUUAAGAUGUCUUUAUCUAACAGCUCAACAAGCAGCUCACAGUCAGGUUGCUAUAUGCUGGACAGUCCAGCUCAUCAAAACAGAAGCCCUCAAAGUCCAGAAACAUCAUCACCAAACCAGGGUUUGGGAAUGAAGUCUCACUUUAGCCCAUUAAAGAAGCUUGCGGAGUAUUCUUCCUCCAGUGAUGAAGAUGAUGAGAAGACGAGGUCUCCGUUGAGCAAUGGAAGGCCCCUGUUAUCCAGAGGGCAGUUUAAUGAAAUCAUUCUUCAGCCUCACCUCAAUGUGAAACCGCAGCAGCAGAGUGCAGCAAAGCCAACGCAUUACGUCCAUCAGAGGCCUUCUGGAUCCCAAUCCAGCGACAGCUACCAUCUGCCGGACCUACUGCACAAGAGCCCCACACAUGAGCUCACCUGCCACCAACACACCGCACAGAGCUUUGAUAAAGUAUUCAAUAACCAGCCAGGAAAAAGCACGUCCUCUUCCUCUUCCUCAUUCUCACCUUUUAUUGACCCUCGUUUACUGCAGAUCUCUCCACCCCAGAGUCCGCAGGGAUACGACCAAUUGAAUGGCAGGUGUGAGCCGUGUGUUAGACAGCCCCACAGGAAGGGCUCUGUGGUAAACGUCAACCCCACCAACAUUCGGCCCCAGAGCGAUGCCCCAGAGAUCCGCAAAUAUAAAAAGAAGUUCAAUGCUGAGAUCCUCUGCGCCAGCCUGUGGGGUGUGAAUCUGUUGGUGGGCACAGAGAAUGGCCUGUGGCUGCUGGACCGCAGUGGUCAGGGCAAAGUUUACUCUCUCAUCAGCCGAAGACGCUUCCAACAGAUGGACGUACUUGAGGGGCUCAAUGUACUCAUCACUAUAUCAGGUAAGAAAAACAAGCUGAGGCUGUACUACCUGUCCUGGCUGAGGAAUAAGAUCUUGCGUAAUGAUCCCGAGGUGGAAAAGAAACAGGGCUGGACCUCAGUGGGAGAUCUGGAGGGAUGUGUCAGCUACAAAGUAGUUCGGUAUGAAAAGAUCAAGUUCCUGGUCAUCGCCUUGAGGAGCGCAGUGGAGAUCUAUGCGUGGGCUCCCAAGCCAUACCACAAGUUCAUGGCUUUCAAAUCCUUCAGCUCACUGCCUCAGAAGCCCCUCUCAGUUGACCUGACGGUGGAGAAUGGACAGAGGUUAAAGGUCAUCUAUGGGUCUCACUCUGGCUUUCAUGCUGUUGAUGUGGAUUCAGGGACGCCCUUCGAUCUGUACCUGCCCAGUCAUAUCCAAGGUCUGAUUCGUCCGCAUGCCAUCAUCAUCCUCCCCAGCAGCAGUGGGAUGGAGCUGUUGCUGUGUUACGAGGAUGAGGGCGUCUAUCUCGACACCUAUGGCCGCAUCACCAAGGAGACGGUUCUGCAGUGGGGGGAGAUGCCCGCCUCUGUCGCCUACCUUCAGUCAAAUCAGGUGAUGGGAUGGGGCGAGAAAGCCAUCGAACUCAGAUCUGCCAAGACUGGAAGUCUGGAGGGAGUCUUCAUGCACAAAAAGGCUCAAAAGCUCAAGUUCCUGUGUGAGAGAAACGACAAAGUGUUUUUUGCUUCUGUCCAGUCGGGUGGAUGCAGUCAGAUCUACUUCAUGACGUUAGGGCAGAACUCGCUCUUCAACUGGUGAUCUUUUGUUGCUCGGUAAAAGCAUCCAAAUUACUCUGUAUAGACUGUCCAUAUCCCGUAAUGAACAAUCUCUGCAAAUAAAUUUCAAAUAGCCCAUUUUUUCCAUAUAUACUGUAUAUAUACACACAUAUUAAUACAUGUAAAAUAGGUGAUUUAUUGCAUCCUGUGUGACAGCGUCAGCCAUCUGUGCUUAACCCCAAAAUAUAAAUCUUGUUUUGGAUUUUAAUUUUAUUUCUCUUUCUAUUUUCAUGUCAAAUCUUGCUAAAUGGACUUUAUAUUUUGUCCCUAAUACGUAACUAUUUUAUUGUAUAAUAACCAUGGCUGGUACACGGUUUGGUGUGAAACCGAUACUAAUAGCUAGUAGAUGAAGAACUAACUGUUGUAAUAUUGUAUGGUCAAAUAUUAAUUUUUUUUUAUUUUUUUUUUAUGGUGUAAGCCAACAAUUCAGAACCGAAUUGAUACAAUAACUGUGCACUUUCAGCUUUAAUUUUAGGGACUUUUCAGGUAAAAAAAAAAAUAAUUGUAAUGAUCAGUUUAACUUUGUUGUUUUUGUUUAUUAUAACUCUCACCAUACUACAACACAAACAUAACUGAUCACAUUAUCAUGAUAAAUGUUAUAUCAAUAAAAGGUUUGUUCAGCUGUCGCAUGUCUUUUGGAUGCAGACUGAACGUCUAAUGUUUCCUUGACUGUCUGAGAAGCCUUUUUUUUUUUUUUUUUUUUUUUUGCUGCUGGUUUUGUUUUAGCUUUUGUCCGCAUUUCACAGAUGACAAAGUUUGUUUUAGUUUACCUUUCUUUUUAAAACCUUUUUCUUUUGUCUUCUGGUUCUGUCUAAUCGCAGCCUUCCAUAUCUACUUCCACAUUACGUUCCACAUAGCUAUAUAUUUCAGCUCAAGUUUAGGGAUGGAAAAACACAUAUGCUUAAUUCACAAAGACUGGUAUUUUGAAGCCAGGCAAUGGAUUUCUUAAAUGACAAAAUAGUUUUUUAAAUAGAGUUCAGCUGGCACAAAAUGUGCGAGACAUUUAUCCGUUCUCUGCACUGUCUUGCAAAUGGUUUUCUCGUGCUCGACAUGUAACAAUUCUGUGUAAAUUAGGCUCUAAUUAGUGUUCGAACUAUGGCUUAAUAUGUGUUUUCUGUUAGCCGUACUGUAUUUGUUUUAAAUUUUGAAGGAAAAUUAAGACAAAGUUAUGAAACAUUUUCAUUAUUUUUUUGUAUAGAAACUAACUGAACAGUAACAGCCUUCACUUUACUUUAUUAUUUUUUAUGUUUUCAUGGACUUUCAGUUUAUUUUCAUUCAUCACAUGUGCUCCUUUUUUGAUUUUGUUUUUCCCGCCACUCAUCAGUAACCACGGUGAUUCAUUCAGCUGUUCAUUGUUUGCCAUGUGUUUAGUUCCUCUCGGUUUACUCCGUUUUUGUCAGGCGAAGUUCAUAUAUGUUAGUGUUUUGCUGCAUACUGGGCAUGUCUACCUUUUUGUUUUAAUAAACCACGUUUAUAUUUGUAUCCCGUGAUUGAAAUGCUUGAUUCUGUUGGAAAUGAAUGGAGCAAAGAAAAGUACCAGGAAUGGAGAUGAUCAUUUGAAUGUUUUUUUUUAAAGUUGGAAUGAUGGAGAUCUGAGUUAGAAAAUGAGUGGUGUGGAGCUUGGGAUAUGUGGGAUUGGUAACUGUUGAAUUGUUAUAUCUGGACUUGUAUGUACUCAAAGCACCUGUGUUUGUAAAGGUGCAAUACCAUCCCUUGAAUAUCUAAAUGUAUGCACUUUGUAUUGCUUGUAUACAGACAAACUUGCUUGUUCAUGCAGUUGUUCUAUUUUCACACUCUGAUGAUUUGUCUCAUUUGGAACAACAGUAAAAUUGCACUUAAAUGGUUUUUGUUUAGAACAGAUAUUUUUGUGAGCAUGCGCACAUACAACACACUGGAAAAGAUGUUGGCUGUAGAUCAGAAAUGCUGUUUUGAGACCAUUUGCAGCAGAAAAACAAAAAUAUAUUUCCAUAUAUUUAUGAUCUCUAUUGUAUGGUGUAAAUAUACUAAAAAAAUAUGUGAACUAUGAUAUUGUAUCAAUAUAUAUUACAGUAUUAGGAAUUGCCGCUUUUCAUAUAUUGAAAAUUACAUUUACACUGAUGGGUGUACUAAGAAUGAACGUGGGAAAGGUGUAUGACUCAAAGUCUUAAGUUACGAAGACAUAAGAGUGUUGGGACAAUAAUGGACUGUGCACUUAAUUCAUCUAUUGAAUUGCAAAUAUUUAGUGCAUGUUUAAAACUUAACUGACUAAAACUAAACUGCAAUAAAGUUACUGCCUUUUAGAUAAAGCAACAUGCUUUAUGAUCACUGUGUCUUGGUCUUUUGUUGGACUGAAGCACAGGUAGCCUGACGUUGUCAUACUCAAAUUCUAGUCCUCAAAUGUGGUAAGUUUGUCUGGUAUCCAGGCUCUACUUUUCAGCAUAAUGGUGACCCACAAAACUCAACAGAAACCCUUUCAAUCCCAACAGAACAUCAAACACUAACAGAUCUCUCGAGAGCUCAGCAGAGCUUACGCAACAAAAACAGCGUUACCAGCUUCACUUAUUACUACCCAGAUGGACUUUAUUUCUAUCAGACUUCUACAGAGGUUCUUAUUGAGAAUUAACAGGUUUAGAUGUUGAUGAUUUAUUGAAAAUUAUAUAAUUUUGCAGUCACCAUGAUGGAGAUCAGUGUUCGCGUUAGCUGGACUCUUGGCUUUAUAACACUAGUUUUAAAACGCUGUUUGUACUGGGUGUGAUCUGAUGGGUAAUUAGUUUACAGAUGAUAAGCAUAAGCAUCAUUGAAUAUUGAUUAAUUGUCUCCACCUAAAGUGCAUUACAAAAGUGUGUUAGAUCAUUAAAUGCAUUUAAAUUAUUACAAACACUGAAACUACAACAAGAGAUCAACCGUUGUUGUAAUCAGACAUUUAAAAAAAAACACAUUGUCCCUCAAAACAUUUUGAACUAAUGUCGCACACGGACAUUAAGAAUCAGCAUACAAAUCUCAAAAAUGGUGACGUGCUUCAUGCUGCAAUGUAUACGCUUUGGUUUUAUACUAUGGUAGCUCCCAGAAUGCAUGAAGCAUGUCACCAUUGUUGAGAUACAUAUUCUUGAUAUCCGUGUGCAACUAAAUACAGCAAUUGUUCAAUAAACACAUUUUUGAUCCAGUGAUACAUCUUGGGAUGUGAUCUGUGACUCAGUAUAAUUAUUGGUGAAUCUACCAUCAUCAAUUAAUACCCAACAGUUCUUCCAUAUUUUCCAUAUUUUGCCAUAUAUAUAUCCUUUUUGCCACAAUUUCUGUCUCAUAUAAAUAUACAGUUACAACUGCCAGAGAAAAACUCGAGCUCUUGAGCUCAAGAGCCCAGCUGAAGCAAACACUGAUCAAAAUUAUAUUAUCAACAUCUAAACCUCUGUUAAUUCUCAAUGAGACCCUCUGUAGACGUCUGAUAGUAACAAAGUCAGUCUGGGUUUUUAUGGGUCAGUCUGGGUUAAUAAGUGAAGCUGGUAAUGUUGUUUUUGUUGUGUAAGCUCUGCUGCACUCUCGAGAGAUCUGUUAGUGUUUAAUGUUCUGUUGGGAUUGAAAGAAUUUCUGCUGAGUUUUGUGGGUCACCGUUGUGCUGAAGAGAGAGCCUUUGUUUCAGUUCAGAAGACCAAGAAACCAAAAAACACUGCAUAUGACUAUCUAAAAGGCAAAAAUAUAUUUUUUAUAUUUAUUUUAUUUUUAUUAUUUUUUAUUUUAUAUAUAUUUUUAUAAGUUAAUUAUUUCUAUUAAUUUUUUUGUGAAGUUUUGUUCAUUCAAUUAAGUUUCUAUUUAAAAAAUACCAAUGAAUACAAAUGCAAAUGUCUAUCCAAUAAUAGACGUUAGUUAAUAAAUUUGUAUGUUUUUAUAUUAGAAACUUGCAGCUUUGAGUAAACAUCCUUGAGAAAUUUAAGGCAAUCAUUUUCUAAGUACACUCAUAUUACAUUUUACAGUGUAAAUAUAUU